UCUUGAUUCACAACACAUAAUAAAUUGUAACGUUUGUUAACAAAAAAGCAAAUCACAAAUUACAAGUCUCCAUUUUAGAAGAACAUUGAUCUCUCAAUACAGAAAUGGAAUCUAAGAAAUCAUCGUUCUCUACUUUACUGUUGAUUACCUUCAUGAUUAUGUUCAUCAUUUCUGAACCAAAAUCAGUCGAUGCAUCUGUUGCACCUUGUAAUCAUCCGGUUGGACCAUAUACGGAGUCAUGCUUUGAUGACUGCGUAACUGGAAAAUACGGAUACAGUUAUGAAUCCGCUUUUUGUAGACGUGACAGCACUGGAACUUGUGUGAUAUGUUGUUGUGAGAUAAUCAACGAAUAAGUGUAUGGUUGAUUUUGUCCCAAAAAAAUGUAUGGUUGAUAACAAAAAUAAUGUAAUGAAGAAGAUUUUAUUAAACUAGUAUUCUGGCUCGU